AAAGCACGCUCGAUGGCGGAUAAUAAUCCAUGGUAAAACUUAGAACAAAAACAGCACAAUGGCAAUACUAUCUACAAAACAAACAGAAGAUACUAUAAAAGGCACAUGGCAAACCAAAAACUAGCACUGAGGCAUAUAAACAAAGAAGUCUUACGUGGCGUGGUCAAACAAACAGCGUGGCAAAGCAUGAGGGUCCGGCAAGGAAAGGUAGGUGCGUGGUCAUGAGUAUUCAACACAGUCCAGUAGGUAAAGAAGCCAGGCCGAGGAAAGGAAAAUAAAUGACUUAAAUACUGCUGUGGUAAUUAGAACCAGGUGUGAGAGGCUGAGAAUCGGGGCGUGACUAAGGGGACCAGGUGGAAACUAAUGGGUUGGCAUGGAAACAAACAAAACCAGGAAGUGCAAAAUGUGAAGCAAGAGUCCAAAAACAAAACAAAACAUGACCAAACAUAAACCUGAUUUACAGGCAUGACACGGAUGUUAUCAACACAUCGCUAAGUAGAGAUCUAAUGUGAGAGUAAAGUGUUGUGAUUGUGUGAAAAUGUGUGAAAGAACCAUAGCUAAGUAUGCAGAGGAAUUUUGACCAAAAAAAGAGGAGAAUGAGCGAGAAUAUCAACUACUGGACGCUGUUUUCAAGAAAAUUCAAGUUGUGUUACACAGAACAGACGUUCAGCAGCCCCCUCACACUAAAGAGGAAGAGGAGAUACCACAGCCCCCCCACAUUAAAGAGGAAGAGGAGGAAGUGUGGAUGAGUCAGGAGGGAGAGUGUCCUGUAGGGCAGGAGGAGGCUGAUGUCAGCAAGUUUCCACUGACUGUUGUCUCUGUGAAGACUGAAGAGCAUGAAGACAAACCACCUGAGUCCUCACAGCUUCAUCACAGUCCAAACGUCCAGCAGGUGUCAGCAGAGAGUCAUGAAGAGAUCCCCUCCAAGCAGCAGGAGUGGAGCUCCAGUGUGGGACAGAAGGAGCUACAGACCCCCUCCCACAUUAAAGAGGAAGAGGAGGAACUGUCGAAGCAGCUUCAAAUGUUGGUGGAGGAUAAUGAUGAAGCUGAAGCUCAGUCCUUACAGCUUCAUCACUGUCAAAGUGAGGAGAACAGAGGGGCGGAGCUUGUAAGUCAACACAUCACAGAAGCUGAUGGAGAGCAUUGUGAACAUAUAAAGUCAGAACCAGACAGCAUCUUUGCUCCACUGUCAGACAUGGACCACAUGAUGUCAGACUCUUCUGAUCACAGUGACCACAUCCAAAAACCUUUGAAGAGUAAAAAUGACUCUAAAGGUGAUACGAGACAUCACACUAACAACAAACACUUUGACUGCUCUGAAUGUGGGAAAUCAUUUAGACACAAGAGUUAUAUUACAAUACACAUGAGAAUACAUACUGGAGAGAAACCUUUUAUUUGCUCUGUCUGUAAGAAGAGUUUUUCCAUUAAGCCUGCCAUGACCAGACACAUGAGAACACACACCGGAGAGAAACCUUUUACUUGCUCUGUUUGUAAGAAGAAUUUUUCCAGAAAGUCUAACAUGUCCUCACACAUGAGAACACAUACUGGAGAGAAACCUUUGACUUGCUCUGUUUGUAAGAAGCGUUUCUCCACAAAGCAAAAUAUGGUCACACACAUGAGAACACAUUCUGGAGAAAAACCUUUUACUUGCUCUAUUUGCAAGAAAUGUUUCUCCAGAAAGCCUGACAUCUCCAUACACAUGAGAACACACACUGGAGAGAAACCUUUUACUUGUUCUGUUUGUAAGAAGAGUUUCUCCACAAAGUCUAACAUGUCCUCACACAUUAAAACACAUACUGGAGAGAAACCUUUGACUUGCUCUGUUUGUAAGAAGCGUUUCUCCACAACGCAACAUAUGAUCACACACAUGAGAACACAUACUGGAGAGGAACCUUUUACUUGCUCUGUUUGUAAGAAGUCUUUCUCCAGAAAGCCUGACAUCUCCAUACACAUGAGGACACACACUGGAGAGAAACCUUUUACUUGUUCUGUUUGUAAGAAGAGUUUCUCCACAAAGUCUAACAUGUCCUCACACAUGAGAACACAUACUGGAGAGAAACCUUUGACUUGAUCUGUUUGUAAGAAGACUUUCUCCACGAAGCCUAACAUGACCGCACACAUGAGAACACAUACUGGAGAGAAACCUUUUAUCUGCCCUGUUUGCAAGAAGCAUUUCUCCACAAAGCUUGUCAUGACCACACACAUGAGAACACACUGGAGAAAAACCAUUUAGUUCAACUGUUUGUGCAUAAGUUAUCAGGUCAGUAAACACAAGUGUGUAACAGUCAUGGAAGCUGCAGGGAUUUAAAAACACUUAGUGAUUGUGCUAAAUGUACUUUAAAAACACAGCAUGUUUAAUAUGAAUGUAUAUUUGAUGUUGUAUGUAGUGCCUCUCAUCUUCUACUGUUAAAUUUAAAGGCCUACUGAAAGCCACUACUACCGACCACGCAGUCUGAUCGUUUACAUAUCCAUGAUGAAAUAUUAACAUUGCAACACAUGCCAAUACGGCCUUUUUACUUUACUGAAUUGCAAUUUUAAAGGGGAACAUUAUCAGCAGACAUAUGUAAGUAUCAAUAUAUAUCUUGAUGUUGCAGAAAAAAGACCAUAUGUUUUUUUAACCCAUUUCGGAACUCUAAAAGGGUGAAUUUGGCGAUUUAAACGCCUUUCAAUUGUUUGCUGUCGGAGCAAUGACCUUUCACCUGUGACGUUACAAUGGGAAGCAAUCCGCCAUUUUUUCAAACACAUUACACACACAAGUCAAAUCAGCUCUGUUAUUUUCCGUUUUUUCGACUGUUUUCCGUACCUUGGAGACAUCAUGCCUCGUCGGUGUGUUGUUGGAGGGUGUAACAACAUGAACAGGGACGGAUUAAAGGUGACUUACGUGGAGUGUGCAUCGAUUAGCAUGGCGUGCUAAUCGACGCUAACAUGCUAUUUAGGCUAGCUGUAUGUACAUAUUGCAUCGUUAUGCCUCAUUUGUAACUAUAUUUGCAUCCAGCCUUUCCCUCCACCCACAUUUAAUGCCAAACAAACACACACCAAUCGACGGAUUCAAGUACACCAGUGGUCAAAAGAUGCGAAAGUCCCUUGUUUGUUCUGCACAUUUUACCGGCGAUGCUAUGACAGACAUGGCACAGAGAUGUGUGGCUAUCCUGCGACACUCAAAGCAGAUGCAUUUCCAACGAUAAAGUCUACGAAAUCACAAAGGUGAGUUUUGUUGAUGUUAUUGACUUAUGUGCUAAUCGGACAUAUUUGGUCACGGCCUGACUGGUAGCUAAUCGAUGUUAACAUGCUAUUUAGGCUAGCUGUAUGUACAUUUGUAGCUAUAUUUGCCUCCAGCCUUUCCCUCCACCCACAUGUUAUGCCAAACAAACAUUUACCAAUCGAUGGAUUUAAAUUGCUCCAGUGGUCAAAAGAUGCAAUCGUUGGUUAGAAGGCGAUCGCCGAAUAGCUUCAAUAGCUAUUCGCUCAAUAGCUUCAGUUUCUUCUUCAAUUUCGCUUUCGCUAUCUGCCUCCACACUCCAACCAUCCGUUUCAAAACAUUCGUAAUCUGUUGAAUCUGCUGAAAUCCACGUCUGAAUCCGUGCUAAUGUCGCUAUAUCUUCCUGUUCUAUCCGCCAUGUUUGUUUGUAUUGGCGUCAAUAUGUGACGUCACAGGAAAAUGGACGGUGGAUUUACAGAUAGCGAAAAUCAGGCACUUUAAAACCUUUUUUCGGGAUAAUCCAUGAUGGAUAACAUUUUGAAAAAAGCUUCAAAAAAUAAAAUAAACCAUUGGGAACUGAUUUUUAUUGGUUUUAACCCUUCUGAAAUUGUGAUAAUGUUACCCUUUAAAUUUCUCUCGAGUUACUUGUUAAAAACGUCGCGGAAUGAUGACGCAUACGCGUGACGUCACCUGUUGGAGGGGACAUAUUAGCGUAGCACCAAACACGGCUAAAAGUCGUCUCUUUUCAUCGCGCAAUUACAAAGUAUUUUGGACACCUGUGUUGCUGAAUCUUUUGCAAUUUGUUCAUUCAAUAAUGGAGACUAUAAAGAAGAAUGCUGUUGGUGGAAAGCGGUGGAUUGCAGCUGCCUUUAGCACCGAAACACAGCCGGUGUUUCUUUGUUUGUUUUUAACACAGAGCGGUCAAGCGAACAUGUUUUCUCUACGUCAACCAGCAUGUUUUUGGAUGGGGAAAUUGUGAUAUAUAUCUUACCGGAGAAAUCAUUGGAUUAUUCGUCGUCCUGCAGCAGCUGUGAGCUUGGCUCCUUGGCUUCUCUCUGAGACACUGGCGUGUUCACCGCAGCCAUCCGACCUCGAGGUAUGUUUUUACAAUCUCACUAAAACACUAGUGUGCUGGUGAGAACAGCAGCAGCAAAUGAAACUGCAGAAUUUGAAAUAAACUGUCAAGACUUUAACUUUGAUUUUCUAGCAACAUCAGCACAUAUAACAUGUCUGACAUUGUUGUGUGUGUGCAACACAAUCUUUUUAAUAUGAUUCUAACAUUUAUAGAUUAGAGACUUCAGAUUAGUGCUUUUAUUUCAGUCAAGUACAUGAGUUAAUACACACAUUUGUGUACUUUAAAAUGAACACAACAGUUUGACUGAAAAGGUGAGAAUAAACAGUACAUAAAAUAUGUUACAUACAAUUAACAUUUUAAGUGUAGAUAUUCAUAAUUCACUAUUAUACGUAUUCAUAAUAGUGUUUUAUAUAUGUUUUUUUAAAUAAUGAAGUGUUACAUAUUUUAUUUUCUAAUUGUAGAUGAUUCCAUAGAUGAACUCUUAUAUAUGAUGUACAUAUUUGUUUUACAUGUGUUCAUACCUUUGCUUUUGAGUACACAUAAAUCCCUCUUAGUUCAUAUUUACUGGUUCACAUCUGAAACAUCUUCUGGACCACUUCUGGAAGCAUAUAAUUAUUUACUUUAUACAACAUUUGAGCAGUUGUGUUUUAUAUAAGAUCAUUUACUUUUAAAAUGUAUGACUUUGUGAAUAAUUUGUUGGGUCUCUAGAAUCCAUUCUAUUAAUUGUCUUUAUUACUUUCUUGUGUAAUAUGAUGAUUGAUGUGUGAUUGUUUUAUAUGUAUGUCCCCAGACUUUUAUGCAAUAAACAAUGUAUGCUUCAACUAAA